AUGUCGUCGACAUCGUCCAAGCCGAAGAGAGGAGGUGGCCUCCGGGGCCCCAGGCCGCAGCCGCUGAGUCUGUCGGCACGGCCGUCCAAGAAGCCGCGCGUCGGCGGCCACGCCGGACCAGCUGCCGGGCCCGUGAUCGUGUACGAGCGCACGCCGACGGUCGUCCACGCCGACCCACACGAGUUCAUGGCCGUCGUGCAGAGGCUCACGGGCAAUUGCAAGCAGCGGCCGUCGACGGCGGCGAUGACGUUGCCACCAGAGGCGACGUCCGGAUCCGGAGCUAGGGACGGCAGGGCCUCGACGUGGACAGCAGCGGACGCUUUGGUUCUCAGGCUUGGCCAGCAGCAGCGUGCGCCGUGUGGUGCUCAUCAUCCGGCACCUUCUGCUUCCCCGGCUGCUGCAUCAUCACCGCUGCUGUCCCCGAGCAGCUUCUUCUUCUCCCCGACCACCAUGCAGGCGAUACGGGAGCUCAUCAGCUGA